AUGGCCGAAAACGACUCCUUCCUGCAUCUCGCGCGCCCGCUCGGCCCAGCGCCUCUGGGUGCGCAGCCGUCGACUGCCCCGCUCAACGUCGCCAUCCAGCCCCAGGCCGUCUUCUCCAUCCUCGACCACGCCCUCCGCCGCCCCGCCGACCAGGAGCGCGUCAUCGGCACCCUGCUCGGCAGCCGCAGCGAAGACGGCACCGAGAUUGAGAUUCGCAACUGCUACGCCGUCCCCCACACCGAGACGGCCGAGCAGGUCGAGGUCGACAUGGACUACCAGAAGCAGAUGCUGGCCCUGCACCUCCGCGCAAACCCCCGCGAAGUCCUGGUCGGUUGGUAUGCCACCAGCAGCGACCUCAACACCUUUUCCGCCCUCAUCCAGAACUUCUACAGCCAGCAGGGCGACGGCACAUGGCCACACCCCGCCGUCCAUCUGACGGUGUCGACGGUCCCGGGCCAGGACAUUGAGUCCAAGACGUACAUCUCGGCGCCAAUUGGCGUCACGGCCGAGCGUGCGGCCGACUCCUGCCUGUUCAUUCCCGUGCCCCACGAGAUCAAGUACGGCGAGGCCGAGCGGUCGGGUCUGGAGCUCAUUUCAUCGGCAAAGGACAGCGAGGGCCGGUCACAAGAGGUCAUGACGGACCUGGAUUCGCUGGAGCGCGCCAUCCAACAUGUGCUGGACAUGCUUGAGCGGGUGUCCAACUACGUUAACAAUGUCUUGGACGAGGAGGCCGAGCCCUCGUCUGCACUGGGCCAGUUCCUGAUGAACGCACUCAGCCUAGCCCCCAAGGUGGAGCCGACCGACAUUGAGCGCGACUUCAACGCACACAUCCAGGAUGUCCUGGUCGUAUCAUACCUAGCCAACACGAUCCGCACGCAAAUCGACCUGUCCAACCGGCUUGCAACGGCUGCGCUAACAAUGGGCGGCGGUGAUGUGCUCGGCGGCGAUGGCAAGAAGGAGGGCGAGAACCGAAAGGGCGGCGACCGACGGGGCGGCAAGGGAGGACGGCAGCAGAGGGAACCAGAGGCUUGA